UCAGCUUCUCAGGAAAGUAACCGCUUUUGUCUCUUUGGAAAUUGGAACGGUGUUCUUUUUUAAAAUUUCCCUCCUCAGAAAAAAUACUCUCUCUCAUUGAUGGCAGAAGAACCGGUGAGCCCCAAGCCAUCAGUGGCACCGAUGCAGAGGUCUCCAGUGGCGGCCAACCGUCUCCGGUCACCGACCAGCCCCUUCUUCCUCAGCUCCAACGACGACCAAUUCGAACGCGCGCAGGCACGAGCCGCACGCGCUGCCGCCAAUCGCCGCAUAGCCGCCACCACAACUGCUCCCUCGCCUCCUCCCGAUCCUUGUCUUAGCAAAGACCAGAUUAUCGACUUGUUCCACAAUUGCAUCAAGCUUGCCAGCGAAAAUAAAAUAAAUCAGACGAAUACUUGGGAGCUGAAGCUCAUAGAUCAUCUUAGCGAGAUUAUCAAGGUUGAAGCCGAAAACAACAUGGCGACUAAUUUUCAAAAGGCAAGCCGCACAUUGGAGGCAGGGGUGAAAAUUUACUCGGUGAGGGUGGAUGCGGUCCACUCGGAGGCGUAUAAGGUCUUGGGUGGAAUCAACCGAGCCGGUAUAGAAGGUGAACAAGAUGAUGACAAUGUUGUUGAUGGGCAGGAGAGGAGUCAUUCUAGGAAAGAGCCCGAGAGAAAGGUAUCCCCACUGUCAACAUUGGAAUCCUCUUUUGAAGCUCUUAACGUAAAGAAGUUUGAUGUUGCAUUCUCAGUGGAUCCUUUAUAUCAUCAGACAUCUGCACAAUUUGAUGAAGGUGGAGCCAAGGGUCUCCUAUUGAAUAACCUUGGUGUAUAUGGAGGAUGUAGGGUACUUUUUGAUUCUUUUGAAGUGCCAGGGAAGUGCAAAUCAUUUUCAUCCCAAAAUGUUACUUCUGACUUGGUUGAUCUCUCUUUUGCCAAAGAGACUAUUGAGCAGAUGGUAAUCAACAUGCGUGCCACGAAUGAAAUUUCUCCUACCCUCAAGGAGAUUGUCCUUCAAUUUGAUAAUGAUAAUCAAAGGCCAUCACAAACAUUUAAUGUAGGGCAGCAACCAGAUGUGAUUGCCGAUGCAUAUGAUGAUAAGGAAGUUGAAUGUGAUUCUAAUUCAUUUGGGAAUAAUGAUGAGUGGACCUUUGAUCAUGAUGGUGAGACAAGUUUUGUUAAUCAGAGCUCUAGUUCUGGAGAUCCUCAUCACGAGGAGAAUGAUCCCUAUACAUUUUCUGAAUCUGAUGUGGAUGACAGAUUCGAGAAAGUCUCGAUGUUUUUGCUUCAAGGGCUUGGAGUUGCUUCAAAACAAAAUGCGUGGGCAGGUCCAGAUCAUUGGAAGUUUCGUAGGUUUAAGGGUUCAGGGGAGGUUCCUCCCACAGAAGGUGGACCAACCAUUUCAAAGAAGAGAGCAAAGAAGAAAAUCCUCACUGAAGUCGACAUUGGUUUCACAAAAUCCUUGGACAAAGAAUUCCAUGAUAUCUUUCUUCCCCCAAAAAAUCCGAAGUCUUUACUUUUACCUGCAAAUAGAGCACCAGCUAGUAACAGACUUCCAGAAGAUUGUCAUUAUCAACCUGAGGAUCUUGUCAAAUUGUUUCUUCGUCCCAAUCUUCUGUGCCUUGGGAAGAGAAGACAGAAAUGUUCAGGUGACAACUCAUGGCAAGGAAACAACGAUUUUGAUGAAGCAUUGCCAUCGUGGGACAACGAGAGUGUGCUUAGUGGCCAAUAUGAUGAUAACUAUGUUCAUAAUGAUGUGGAGGACUUAGAUGGACUUGUCUCUCAGCCUCGCCGGGUAAACAAAAUUGAAGUUCGAUAUGACAAAACUUCAAAACAAGUUGAUGUACAUUCAUUGAAGGAAACUCUCUGGGAUCACAUUCAAGAAUCUUCUGAAGUUCCUGAAACGGAGUGCAAAGAUACGGUAUCUUUCCGACAUCUCUUGUCCACCUUUCCUGUUGACUGCCAAGCCGCCGCUCCAGAGGAUAUCUCUCCCCAUUUGUGUUUCAUCUGCCUUUUGCAUUUGGCUAAUGAGCAUGGUUUAAGCAUCCAAGACUGCCCCGCUUUAGAUGAUCUCAGCAUAAAUCUUCCCUCUUCUUGCCGAAACUCAGAUGGCGUGGUCCAGCCUUCAUAACCAAGAUGCCGCUUAAUUUUUGUGUUACAAGAGUUUGGAACAUGGCAUCUCUCCCUAUAUGCCAAGCACCAAAAAUCAAAAUUGUAAGCCAAUAGCAGUUUUCUUGCUUAUCCGGUCUCUGUUGCAUGAUAUUGCUUAAUUUUUUGUAUAGAAGUAAAGGGUGCUAAAGCAAAUCUGGGCUCUGCAUAUGCUGCUUCUUGUGCAUAUCGUGAGUACAUAUACGUCAGAAUAUUAAUUCCAAUCUAUAUCUUUGUUGUGUUUAAUUGAUUCACAAAUAUAGCCUGUUUUAAGAAGUUUGGUUUUGGAGAGAUUUUUCUUUUGGUUAUCAAAAUUUGAGUAUGCAGACCUAUAGUGCUGCCCUACCGUCAGAGAUUAAUAUUAUUGGAGGAAGAAAUUGGGUGGAAGCGUGUCAGGAUGAAGGGAAUAUGGUAUAUGAAGGAUUGUCCAACUCAAGUAGCAACAGUAGCAUCUUUCCGUUCCAGGGGUGAAGUGGCCCUUCACUGCUCUGUUGGGUUCAUGGGUUGUGCUACUACGCAAAAGGUACGAAUAACUUUGGAUAAAUUUGGCAAAUACGUGAUAUGUAAUAUUCGAAAAAAUGUGACAUGUAAUAUAUUGACAUAUUCAGACACCUAUAAGGCAGAGUGGACGGGUAGUUCGAGCA